AUGAAUGAAAUAGGUGAAGAAACUGUUUUCAUACCCCAAGUUUCGAAUACGAAUCAAAUUCAUCGAAAAUUCCAUAAUAAUCAACAUCUGAAAGAAUUUAUUCUAUGGUUUAUUUUAUUAAUUUGUCUUUUACUUCUUGCUGGUCCAUUUACACAUCAUCUAUCCUAUUCUGUACCAACAGUAAAAACACGAACAAGUGCACGUCAUGUAUUUAUAAGUAAUACACGUGGAAAUUUUGAUGCACGGGAUUAUCUUAUUUUACAAAUAAAACGUAUUUGCUCACCAAAUAAAAGACAUAUUCAAUGUGAACUUAAUCUUCAAAAUUUUACUGAUUCUCAACACAAUCAAUUACAAAAUAUUUUUGUUCGUAUAUUAAAUACACUUAAUAAAUCUCGAAAUAUACCGAGUGUAAUGCUAACUGCUCAUUACGAUUCAGUGGAAUUUAGUCCUGGAGCUGGUGAUGAUGGUUCGGGUCUUGUUAUUAUACUUGAACUUUUAUCGAAUUUAAUUAAUGAUUUAACAAUAAAUUUUUCUAAUGUUCAUUUGGUUAUACUAUUUACAAAUGCCGAAGAGUCAGAACUACAAGGUGCACUAGCAUUUAUUACUGAUCAUCGUUGGCGUUUUAAUAUUCGCCAUUUUUUUAGCAUUGAUUCAAUCAGUUGCAAUGACGUAGCUGAUCUAUUACAAACAACAUCAUCACAGCUUAUCAUUGAUUAUAGUCAAGUGGCAAGACUACGUACGAAUGUAAUCCUACAGAAAAUUCCAAAAUGGAUUCCAUUCAGUAGUGAUUAUGAUGUUUUCAUAUUGAACAAUUCUCGAUUCGGAUACGAUUUUGGUUUUCUUCCUGAUGGUUACACAUAUCAUACAUCAUCGGAUCACAUAUCAACAUGUAAACAAGGUAUUAUUCAAGAUCUUGGUGAUACUCUUGCUAUAUUAAUUCGUAAUAUACUUCUUGAAAAUAACCAACAGUUGAACAACAUGAACGAUACAGAUCCUUUAAUUUAUUUUGAUAUUCUUGGUCGAUAUUUGAUGAUAUAUAAACUAUCAACAUCAGUAUUAAUUCAGAAGAUUUUAAUUGUAUUCAUUAUUAUUAUUGGUAUAAUUCGAAUUAUAUUCGAUCAUAUAUAUCGUCGACAACAAAAUUUCUCAUGUAAUGAUUUUCAUUGUAUUUAUUUUCGAUUUAAAAAUCCAUUGACUAUUCGUAUUCUUUCUAUCAUUAUAUAUUCGAUUUCUAAUAUUCUAUCAAUGAUUAUUGGCGUUGUAUUUUCAUUGAUUUUAGCAUGUAUUGUAUCAAUGAUUCAACCUGUUUCAUGUUAUGGAUGGUUUUCUACUGGCAAUAUGAGUCAUGGACGAUAUAUUCACACCGCAUCUGUGUUAUCAAAUGGAAACGUAUUAGUUGCUGGUGGAGAAAGCAUCGGAGAUAUUGCUUUAAAUAGUGCUGAGCUUUAUGAUUCAUCAACAGGUGCUUCGACACCUACGGGUAAUAUGACUAAUGCACGAUACGCUCACACAGCAUCUGUGUUAUCAAAUGGGAAAGUAUUAGUCACUGGUGGUACGAUCGAUCGUAUUAUUGCUAUAAAUAGUACUGAAUUGUAUGAUCCAUCAACAGGUACUUGGGCACCUACUAUUAGCAUGAUGAAUGCACGAGCAGCUCAUACAGCAUCUGUAUUAUCAAAUGGAAAAGUAUUAGUUACUGGUGGACAGACUAAUGACACGAGCUUUUUAAAUAGUGCUGAGCUGUAUGACCCAUCAACAGGUACUUGGACAAUUACUGAUAGCAUGACUUAUACACGAUCUACUCAUACAGCAUCUAUAUUAUCAAAUGGAACAGUAUUAGUUACUGGUGGUAUAGGUAAUGGUAAUAUUAUUUUUAAUACUGCUGAACUGUAUGAUCCAUCAACAGGCGCUUGGACAACUACUAGUAACAUGGCUGAUGCACGAUAUUAUCCCAUGGCAGCUGUAUUAUCAAAUGGAAAAGUAUUAGUUACUGGUGGAUUUAAUGGUAUCAUUGCUUUAAGUAGUACAGAGCUAUAUUAA